AUGGCAGACGUUACGUUAGAGGACUCAAACCAAAUCCAGAACGUAGGGUGGACUACCAAGUAUUUCCGGUUGAGGGAUCAUUUCGAAAAGUGCGAUGAGAUGCUGAGACUUAAUGAGGAUGAUUACGUAAUAUUGAAGAACGGAUCCAUAAAAAUAUACUACACUAAUGAAAUCUGGCCAAAAGAACGUUUCUGUCUAUAUCCCCAGAUUGAUUCGGACAUUCCCAAUUCCAUUUGGGUUAUUCAACACAAUUGCAUUGGAUAUUUUCCGCCAGUCAAAAAAUCACCGAAUACCUUCGCUUGGAGCAUGGCUGCUAUUUCAACAGGAGUUAUGUAUUUAGUGAAUCUAAUUUGGGAGGAGGAUCUCCAUAAAUGGAACUCGUUGCCCUUAGUUGGUUAUGACAAAUGCAGGCUGGAAGCUCGGGGGCCCUCAUAUUGGAUAUUUUUUAUGGGACCAGAAAUGAUUCUAGCCCUUUUUAAUGUGAUUAUGUUUAUUCUUACGGUCAUUCACAUUUGGAAAAAUUUGGUUAGCGGUCUAAUACACAUUUCGAAUUUCCUUCUCAGUUAUCUAAUAUUUUUGCGGCUCUCUGUUAUCAUGGGCGUGUUUUGGAUCUUGGAUAUUUUUUCUUUGUUGCAGCACUACAGCUUUUUUGCGGAGGUCUAUGUUUUGGUCCUCUACAUUGAAAGCAGUAUGGGAAUUCUCGUUUUUAUGCUGCUUAUCCUUAAGCGUAGCACCCUAAAACUGCUUAUGGAGAGGUAA